GGUCAUACUUCCGGUCUGACACCCUGCAGGCUACUUGGACGGAGUAUCUAACCGGGCCGUGGGCCGUCAGAACCGGUUCUGAAGAUGUCUGUCUCCGGGAUGAAAAAGCAGCUCCACAAAGCCAGCCAGCUGCUGAGCGAGAGGCUCAUGGGAGCUGAAGGAACCCGGCUGGAUGAAGACUUCCUGAACAUGGAGAAGAGGGUGGCGGUGAUCAAAGCCCUGCUGGCCGAGCUGCUGUCCAGAACCACAGAUCUCCUCCAGCCCAACCCAGCCCACAGAGCUAAACUGAGCGUGCUCAGCACCGUGUCCAGGAUCCGGGGACAGGCGAGGACGGCGGCGUACCCGCAGACAGAGAGCAUUCUGGGAGACUGCAUGUCGUCGUACGGCCAGGAGCUCGGAGCAGCGUCGGAGUUCGGUAACGCUCUGACCGCUGUGGGCGGAGCUCUGCAGCAGGUCGGCGAGGCUCGGCACGGUCUGGACGUCUCCGUCAAACGGACCUUCAUUGACCCGCUUCAGGAGCUGCAACACUCUGAGCUGAAGGAGAUCAAGUUCCAGCUGAAGAAGGUUCAUGGCCGUCGGUUGGACUUUGACUACAAGCGGAGACGAAGAGGGAAGGUGGCAGCGGAGGACGUGAGGCAGACAUGGGACAAGUUGGUCUCGUCCAAGGAGCUGGCUGAGAGGAGCAUGUUCGUCCUGCUGCAGAACGACGUGGACCGGGUCGCUCAGCUGGCGGCUCUGGUGGCGGCGCUGCUCGACUUUCACCGUGAGGCUCAGCACAUCCUGCUGGGUCUCCAUGGCAACCUGCAGGCCAGGUUGACUGCUGCCAGUAACAAACCGGAGAGGCGGUUCCGAUCCAAACGGAUCAGGCUUCGCGGCGUCCUGGACAGCACUGUGGGGUUCUACCAGCAGCCAUCAGGCGCAGCUUCACUUCCUGCAGGGGAACAGAUCUCGGUGGUACCGUCAGAACCCAGCAGCCCCGACAGACCUCCGUUCCUGGACGGGCUGGUCCUGGACAAGCCCUGCUGCCGUGCCGUGUACUCCUUCCAACCGAACCACGCCAGCGAGCUGCGGUUCAGCGAGGGCGACAUCAUCAUCCUCACCGGCCGGGUCGACUGCAACUGGUACGAGGGCUCGCUGGGCGGCCGGUCGGGCCUCCUUCCUGUCAACUACGUGGACGUGCUGGUGCCGCUCCCGUUGCCAUGACGGCGUCUCAUUA